ACUGAGCGCGUCACCAUGCCUGUGAGACAGAAAGACGCUCAGCGAGCCCUGGAGCUUCUCCAGCAGUACCGGUCCAAACUUGACCAGAGAAGGCAGAACCAGAGCCGGAACAAACAGGGCCAUGGGGAGGAAGACUCGCAGCUGCAGCAAUCUCUCGACAGAGUCAUCAAUGUCUUCCAAAGUCAACUCUUUAGUGCUCUGCUUGACAUUCAGGAGUACUACGAGUUGACUAUCCUUGCGGACAGCAAGAGUUCUGUGGACCAGACAGACGGUCCUUUGAACCCCCCUGCCUCCUGUAACCUGCCAGCAGUGCUCUCAGCCCAGCCACAGCCCUCCCCUGGUCCCCUGAGCCCCCAGGCUUCUGGAGGAUCAUCCCAGCCAAAACCCUUGACUCCCAAACCAAGGUCAAUCAAGUCCCAUGCUGCUCCACUCCCAACUGGGACACCCACAACAAAGCCAUCUUCCCCCGCAGCACAGCCCGUUACACCGCCAGCCAAGGUGAAGUAUCGGGCUCCUCUCCCUCCUGUCAGUCCUGGAGCCUCCAAUUCAUGGGCAUCUCCUACGCCCUCCUCUCCCUCUGCUGCAGUGAAUGGUGUAGAAACCCCCACUGGCUCCAUAAAAUCACCAAAUGGAACCAAGCCACGUCUUACUGCCACAAAUUCAAAUGUUUCUUCGCUAAGCUCCACCACCUCCUCAAAUCCACAAAGCGAUUAUGUCUGUCCAGACCUCAACCUGGUGACUGUCUCAGCGCUCGUCUCCAGCACCAUCCAAGGCUUUGUGUCUCCAACCACUCCAGACAAACUUUCCCCCACCAGCCCUGGUCACAACAGAGCCACAGAUGCUGAUAUGUUCCCUCCAGCUCUUGCGACCAGCAACGACCCAGGCAAGGGCAAAGUCACUCCCAGCACGAGUCCAACGAGCCCCAGUAAGGGAAAGUUUACCUUCAGCAGCCGCAGGCCCACAAGUCCUGAUAAGGGGCCUCACCUGAGUCCAACCAGCCCCGGGCCGAUGAAAGUCACCUCCUCUAGCCCCAGUUAUGGUCCAGCCAGCCCCAGGCCAGCUACAAGCCCACUGACCCCCAACAAGAAGUAUCGGUAUCACGAAGAGGACGGGGCGUCGCCAGGUGCCCCAAAACUCCACCAACACCCCUGCCAUCAUCACCCAAUGGGAUUAGCCAGAGAACUGAGGGACGGAGGGACCUUGGGGAGGGAUGGAGGGACCUUGGGGAGGGAUGGAGGGACCCUGGGGCGGGAAGGAGGGACCCUGGGGCGGGAAGGAGGGACCCUGGGGCGGGAGGGGAGGGAAGGGGGGACCUGGAGGGAAGGGGGGACCUGGAGGAGAGAGGGAGGGAGCGCCGGUACCAUGGAGAGGGAAAGGGAACGAUCACUCGGGAGGGACGGAUCUCUUGGCCGCCACGGUGACCUGCGGGGUGCGGAGCUGGUUCAGGUGGCGGAGCGGCAGCUGUCUCAGAUUCAACACGUUCACGGAUACGUCACUCACACACACAUCACGCCCGCUCAGGUAGAAUCUCCUGAGGUUCCCUUUGAUGACGAGGCGUGGCCUCACCCAGAGGGAGAGAGGCUGAACGAAGUCCCAGCCCCGCCUUUCUCCUCCCUCUAUUCACACAGCCACGCCUACUACCAGGCCAACCCCCCUCCAGUGGUGGUCAACACCGACAGUGUCGACACCCCCCCAUACGUCAAUGGAACAGAAGCAGACUAUGAGUAUGAGGAAAUCACGCUGGAGCGGGGUAACUCAGGUCUGGGGUUCAGUAUCGCAGGAGGGACUGAUAACCCUCACAUCGGAGAAGACCCCUCUAUCUUCAUCACCAAGAUUAUACCUGGAGGGGCUGCUGCCCAGAAUGGCCGACUAAGGGUGAAUGACUGUAUAGUCCGGGUAAAUGAGACAGACGUGAGGGACGUGACCCACAGCGGGGCUGUGGAGGCGCUGAAGGAUGCGGGAGGUCUGGUACGACUAUGCAUACGACGCAGGAGGAGCCUCACUGAGAGAAUCAUGGAUAUCAAGCUGGUCAAAGGGCCCAAAGGUUUAGGAUUCAGUAUCGCAGGUGGAGUCGGAAACCAACAUGUCCCAGGCGACAACAGCAUCUACGUGACUAAGAUCAUCGAGGGAGGGGCUGCACAUAAAGACGGACGGCUACAGAUCGGGGACAAACUUGUGGCUGUGAACGCCUCCUGUUUGGAGGAGGUGACUCAUGAAGACGCAGUGGCUGCACUGAAGUCCACUCCUGACGUCGUUUACCUCCGUGUGGCCAAACACACCUCCCUUUUUAUCAAUGACAACUUCCCUCCACCAGACGUCACUAAUUCGUACUCCCCACAUCAAGACAACCAUAUAAGCCCCUACAUGAGCGGCAGCCAGUCUGUAAGCCCCGCCCCAUUGACCACGCCCAGAUACUCACCUCUGCCGAGGGCGAUGACCGGAGACGACGACAUCCCCAGGGAACCCCGGCGGGUGGUGCUCCAGCGGGGGUCCACAGGACUCGGUUUCAACAUUGUUGGAGGGGAGGACGGAGAGGGAAUCUUCAUCUCCUUCAUCCUCGCUGGAGGUCCCGCUGAUCUCUGUGGGGAGCUACGGAAGGGAGACCGCAUCCUGUCGGUGAACGGUGUGGACCUGUCCAGUGCAACACAUGAGCAGGCAGCCGCAGCUCUGAAGAACGCAGGACAGACCGUUACCAUAGUAGCGCAGUACAGACCUGAGGAGUACAGUCGUUUCGAGGCGAAGAUCCAUGACCUGAGGGAACAGAUGAUGACCAGCAGUGUCAGCUCCAGCUCCACGUCGCUCCGUUCCACACAGAAACGCACACUUUACGUCAGAGCAUUGUUCGACUAUGACGGAAGUGCGUCAGAUCUGAGCACGCCCAAUCAGGCGCUGCCCUUUCAUUUUGGAGAUGUCCUCCACGUGAGCAGCGCCGGUGAAGAGGAGUGGUGGCCCGCGCGUCACCUCAGCCCCCCGCCUCCAAACUGCCCUGAAGUCGGAGUGAUCCCCAGCCGCAGGAGGGCAGAGAAAAAGGAGAGGUCGAGGUUAAAGACGGUCAGAGUGACGAGGUCUCAGGACAGAUCGGAUCAGGAUGAUAAAGAGCUGGUAACCUCUGGCACCAGCGAUAGUGAGAGUAGUUCCUCUGGCCAGGAGGAGACUCUCCUCACCUACCAGCCUGUCAUGCAGCAGGAAGUUAAUUACACACGGCCAGUCAUCGUGCUUGGACCAAUGAAAGACCGGGUCAAUGAUGACCUCAUCUCAGAGUUUCCUGACAAGUUUGGCUCCUGUGUCCCACACACAACGCGGCCACGGCGAGACUACGAAGUGGACGGCAGAGACUACCACUUCAUGUCCUCCAGAGAGCUCAUGGAGCGAGAGAUCCAGGAACACAAGUUCAUCGAGGCUGGACAGUAUAACAACCAUCUGUAUGGAACCAGCAUACAGUCGGUCAAAGAGGUUGCCGACAAGGGCAAACACUGCAUACUGGAUGUAUCAGGGAAUGCGAUAAAGCGUCUCCAGUUGGCAGGCCUCCAUCCCAUUGCUAUCUUCAUUAGACCACGCAAUGUCGACAACAUCCUAGAGAUGAACAAGCGUUUCACUGAGGAGCAGGCAAGGAAGACUUUCGACAGAGCUGUCAAACUGGAGCAGGAGUUCACAGAGUUCUUCACUGCUAUCGUCCAGGGCGCGUCUCUAGAGGAAGUGUAUUCGCAGGUGAAGCAGAUCAUCGAGGAGCAGUCUGGUCCUUACAUCUGGGUGCCCACCAAGGAGCGACUCUGAAUAAAAACACACAUGCCACAUGAUAACACACAUCACUCUUUCAACACUUCCUACGUCUCUGAUUUUCUAUUAUCAGCCUGCUUCCUCUCUCUCUCUUGUAUACACAUAUUACUAUACAAACACACACAUUUACACAAGCACAUAAAGUCGGACGAGGCUGGGACUAUCUGGGACUGCGACUUCCUGAAGUGGGAGGGGCUAUUGUCUGUCCAGCAGCCUAUUGGUGGAUCUUCCUACAGCUCAGUUCCUUAAUGUUUAAGGAGGUGGUUCAAAUCAAGGCGACAUGCACCAUUAUCUGAUUUGAUUUCAUUAUUGUUCUUAUUGUUGUUGUCGUUGUUGUUUUCAUAUUAACGAAGGGUAAUGCAUUCAUGUAUGGGUUUGUUAUGAUAAUAAUGUCACCAAGAGGCAGACUUUUGCACGCUGUAGCUUUAAGAGCAUGUUUUUGGGACAAAAUCUUGAUCUCCUUCCCGGUCUGUCCGUUGUUCCUUAUUGCAUUGCUCCCGUUUAGUCUUUUUCUGUCUUUCUCUCAUAUCCCUUCCUCCUCCUCCUCCUCUGCCCUUUAGUCUACAGAUUUAGAUAUAAGGUACAAAGUUUAUAAUAUGUCCCAGAUUUUGGCCAAAAUGAAACCAUGUACAAUUACUGUUUAGAGAUGUAGCAAAAAAUCAUGAGCAAUUAAGGAUUCAUACAAUUGAAACACUUGUUGAUAUCUCUUGUAAAAAGCAGGAAUUCUCAAUCUAAACUUGAGGAGAAAACUAAAUGAUAUAGUUUAAAAUAAAUGAAAUAUGGAACAUCAUUUUCGAGUCAAUUUGGAGCCCUGAUCCCGUAUUUCUCACAUUUGAGACACAUUUAUCAAACAUAUCCCUUUUACAGUGAAGUGUCACGAUAACCUUUAAGAGCAGCUUUAAAGUGAUCACAUGAACAAUUAUAUGUAUGCUCAGAGUCAGAACAGCCAAUCAGAGACCAGGAUUUGUCAAAAUUGCCCUCUGCUUCUAUUUCACUCAGUGAUGUGUUUUUCUGCAAAAACAGCCAGUCAUUUUAAUAGUUAAAAGGUACAUUUUAUUGGUGUUAAAUUCUCCACAUAUCCCAUAGAAAUUAUAAUAUAUAAAUAUAAAAAUGUGUAUAAAAUAUUCGGCUAUGAAAACAAAAAGAAACUGCAGCAGAAAAUAAAUUCUGCUGUUGUUAGACGAGGUACACCAGAGAAAACAGAUAAUCAGGGCAAUUUAGUGCAGCACUGGAGAGUGUAGAUAAUGAAGAUGCAUAGAAAGUGAUUGCAAACAAAAUCAGUGAGGCUUUAAUCUGGUUUGCACCUUGAUGAACAUAAGAAGCAAAGAGAAGAAAAAAAUAAUGUGGAAUCAUAUUAAAUGUUCAAAACGAAUGCAAACGAGCUAAAACUACCUCAUUCUGAAUCAAACAUGUGGCUUCAGCUAACACAUUGCUCAUCAUGACCAAUUAGAGUUUAUACAAUCCGUCUCAAAUAUUUACAAUUAAAAGGAUAGUUUUAAGUCCAACAUUUGACUGUAAGCAGUUUGAUAAAUACGGGUCCAGAUGCUCAGUUUUAUAAAACUUGUAUUACCCACAGUCCCUCCUCCUCCUCCUCCUCCUCCUCCUCCUCCUCAUCCUCCCCCUCUCUGUCUCAUGCCUUCAUCUCUCUUCUCCUCUCCUCCACAUUCACAGUGUGACAGUAGUUGAGCACUCCAGCAUCAAAAAGUGUAUCAUUUUAUUCAUCAACACUAUCAUCACGAUCAUAAUCAUCAGCAUCAUCGUUAUAGCUUUCCUUCUUACUGUAGUUGCACUAAUGAGGGCUGGUUUCUUAAAAGCAUCUAAGCGUGACAGAAUGGAUCCCAGUGUUUUCUUUAAGUUAUCAGUGAUUAUUAUGCUGGUUCGAAAGAGAUAACAAGGUCAGGGAACUCUUUAUGGUCUUUUGCUGUAUGUCAUGCUAUUGUUGCGUGGUUAAAGACAUAAGGUGAACUCCUGGAUAACCCUACCUUUUGCAACAGGUUUUUUCUUUCAUGCUGGAUUUAUAAGUGUGAGCCUUCAGCCCCAGUGUGCAUGAAUAACACCUGAAACUAGCUCCAUUUGUGACCUAUGCUCCAUACAUGAUACAGGUAUAUGGUGGACAAUUGAAGUGUUAUAUUUUUUAUCUGUUAUCCAGCAAUGGAUUGUAUCAUCAAAGUUGCUUUCAUAAUCACAUAGAUGUCUACAGUCUGCCGAGAAAUAUCCGAAAUGUUUAUUGGCGCUACAACCAACAAAUUCUUACAGCUUGACGAAUACUGAAGCUUGAUCAGGCCCAAAUAUUCUCUCUAAGUACCCUUCUAGCGUCAGUUUUGGAUGUGUCAAGGACAGCAUCUCAGUUUCCACUCAUUACAUGCAUAGUGGCUUCAGAUGCAUACAGUCUCUCUUCAAAUGAAAUCCCAAUGUAGGUUUCAGCUCCAAAAGUUUGGGCAACACGACUACUUGAUAAGUUUAGGAAAAGGUCAGUUUGGCUUAAAAUAAUUCCUGCUGGAUGUGAAGUAGUUUCAUACAUAAGAGAAUGUGGCAUAGCUAAACAUGGAAGCUGACUUACUGACCUUUGGUUCCAGAGGAGAUGCAAACACCUGUCUGCUGGGUCAGGAGUCAAAAGUCUGAUGUCUCAUACACUAGACUCUAAAGGGUGCUAUAAGGCGCGUUUCCAUUAGGAUAAAGAGUGGCCGCUGGGAAAGAUCAGGCCACAACCUCUCAAAUGGCCGCUCACUCGGCGUGUCUCCAUUAUUAAAAAAGGCCCCAGAGGGAUUUAUGAGACUCCUAAGGUGACGUAUGGUUUUCGAUCGUCACGUAAUCGAUUAGUGACAGUUUCUACCGUGACGUCACAUAUGCGACGGAUUUAACACAGACGUAACACAAACAUAAAAAAUAAGGAAGGAGACGCCAUAAUGGAAGGAGCAGAACUUGCUGUGUUUCUUGUCGCUGUGUUCAAGCACAUGGCAGAGAUGAUUAUGGACUUCGACAGCUUUUAAAAUUGGCACGUGUUGUCGUGGCGUAGAGUACUGCGUCACAUCCCGCUUAGCACGUUACAUUCCAUUUAGCAUUCUAUCCAAUCAGCAACCAGGCUUUUUCAGGGGAGAAAAAUGGCCCUGCUCUUCGACAGAGCCAAUAAAUGUCCAGUCAAACGGCUGCUAGGGGCGGCUCAUGUUCAAAUUAGGGACAUUUCGACUAUAGCAUUAACACACCUAUAUCUGACAACGAAGGGCACUGAGCAGGCUUCAGUAUUUGACAAGUUGUUGGUGAGAAUGGGUUGCUACAACAUGCAACUUUAGUACAAGCAGCUUAUCGGAGCUAGCUCUGCCAGUCAUGUGACCCUUGCUUUGGACAUCUCUUGACUGAGGUCAACAUAUAUAUCACAGAAUAUAUAUUAAGCUUAACUUGCACUGAGUUGUUGUAUGCAGUAAUAGUUAAAAACCUAGCUUGAAAAUGACCUAUCCUCUUUUCAUUUUUCCUAACAUUCCAGCUGUUUUGUCAUCCUGUCCCUUUUUCCAAUAAUACAUGUGCUAAAUAGUUCUAGUCGCCUAAAUAGUGCUAUGUUUUUAAAGUUUGCCUGUUUUGUUUGUAUCAUGUAAGUGCAUGAGGACAUCCAUCCAGGCAGCAUUAUUCACACGUUGCUAUUGGCUUCACACUACAAUGCUGAUCGACAGAACGUUUAUCUUCCACGGGCAGAUAGUAGACAUCUGUGAGAUCAGGAAAAUACCUUUCAAAGAUGCAACCCUCUGCUGGGUAACAAUAAAAAAAUAGGACUUUGACUUUUCCCUUAAAGCAAUUAUAAUCAAAACAUUUUUU